CCCUGUAGAUUGCAAAUACCAAAGCAUAAAAACUAUAUUAUUAAUAAUAAUUAUAGUUGUGAUUUACAAUGAUUUUCUUAUCCAUAUUUUUUUUUACAUUGUGAAUGCGUGUGUCGCAGGGUGGUGGGUGUAGCGCUGUGUGACAACGAAACGUCAACAAUAAUCACAACCAUUUUUUAUUACUUUAUUUGUAAGAAUACAUCUCGACUGUUCAGUCAUUAGUUAUUAGCGUUUCGACUCAUCGAUAUUAUUUAACAAUUUUGAAAUUUCGACAUCCAUAUUGAACAACAACCACUAUACAUAUAUAGCUACCCAAAGCGUAGACUUGGCAAUUUUAUUACUAUUUAGACGGCACGAAAUUAACAAUGCAGUCUCUUAUACAAAUUGUGAAUAAGUUGCAAGAUGUUUUUUCAGUAGUUGGUGAACAGCAAAUCAUUGACAUACCACAAAUUGUAGUUGUGGGAACACAGAGUUCUGGUAAAAGUUCUGUGCUAGAAAGCAUCGUAGGAAGAUCAUUUUUACCUCGAGGAACAGGCGUGGUUACUAGGGCUCCAUUAGUUAUACAAAUGAUUAGGUACACAGAAGAAACAAAAAAAUCUAUGCUGAUGUCAAAUAACAUUGAGAACGAUGAAAACAUAACAGAAUGGGUAGAAUUUCUACAUAGACCAAAUGCCUAUUAUUUUGAUUUUGAUUUGGUACGCAAUGAAAUUGAAUGUAGAACAAACAUUCUAGCGGGAUCCAAUAAGGGAAUAACAAAAAAUCAAAUUAUAUUGAAAAUUCACACUAAUCGUUACGAUCUGACUUUUGUAGAUUUACCGGGUAUAACAAAAGUACCUGUAGGAGAUCAACCUGCAGACAUAGACGAACAAAUACAGAAAUUAAUUAUUAGUUAUGCAGAACAGUCUAAUUCUAUUAUUUUAGCAGUAGUGACUGCAAAUACGGACCCGUCAACAAGUGAAAGUCUUCAAAUAGCAAAGAAAUUGGAUCCAGAUGGCAUCAGAACUAUAGCUGUAGUUACAAAACUGGACCUGAUUGAUGAAGGAACACAACAAGACACGAAGGAUUUACUGUGUGGUCGCAGGAUUCCGGUAAAAUUAGGUAUCAUCGGUGUGGUGAACAGAAGUCAAAAAGACAUCGUUGAAAAUAAACCAAUGGACGCAACACUAAAGUCAGAAACAGAAUUUCUUAAAACUAAUUAUCCUGAUAUAUGUACGAAACACGGCAACAGAGCAUUAACUCAUACGUUACAGUUGGUAUUGAUAACCCACAUUAAAAAAGUAUUUCCUAAACUUAAAUUUGAACUUGAAGAGUUGAAAAAUAAAUUGGGAAAGAAACUUUUGUUACUGCACACACCCGAGAACAACAUAUCAUUUAUAAUAGAACUUUUAAAAGAUAUCAGCAAAUCGUACGAAAAUGCUGUAAAUGGAAAUCAAGACGAUGUUUCGGUCGAAGAAAUUAUUGGUGGGGCCAGUGUCGUUCAAAUAAUACAACAAAAAUAUUUAAAGACAAUAAAUUCCAUUGAUCCGCUUCAAGAUUUAUCAGAUGAAAAUAUUGCAAAAGCGUUAUUAAAUGCAUCAGGCAUCAACCAAAGUACUUUUGUGAACGAAAAGGCGUUACAAAAAAUAUUAAAACGACAAUUAAAUAACUUAAUCGAGCCGUCAUUGGAUUGCGUUGAAUUGGUGCGCAAUGAAAUGUUAAACAUAUUUAAUUCGAUUGACAUCAGUUUGUUGGACACACUUAAACGGUACCCACAGCUCGACGAAGACGUGAGAAAAGUUUUUGAUAAGUUGUUAGAAGAAAAUGUGAAAAGCAUUAAAGAAUUUAUUGCAUCAUACAUAGAAUCUUAUCAAGAAUGUUUAGAUACAUCAAAUCCAGAUUUCAUACUGGAAAUUGUUAAUUCAAACAAUACAAUUCAAGAAGAAAUUCUCGCUGCUGCAAACAUAAAUAAUUACAAUUGUAAUAGCGAUAGUGAUUCAGAUCGUGGUUGGAAUAAUAUGAGCCGGAACAAAAAAGGCAAUGAAAAAAAGGUUGAAAUUAAAAGAAUACAAAUGUUGAAUCAACUAUUAUCAGGUCUUAAUAACAAUGACGAUGAUUUAGAAUCAUCUGAACAAGUAAAGUUACAUAGAGAUUUAAGUAUAUGUUAUUUUGAAUACAUCAGAAAAAUUGUGCGGGACUUUGUGCCUAAAAGAAUUAAACACAAAAUGAUAAAUUCAUUUUUAAAAGACCUUGAUAAGCGUUUAAAUCAAGAAAUAUUCCAAACUUAUUUAAUUGAUAACAAAAUUGAUGAAGUACUUUUAGAAGAUGAACGUUUUCAAGAGGAUAGAAAAGAUGUUCUAAUCAAAUUGGAUGCUGUUAAGAAAGCAUUAAAAAGUAUGGUUGACAUUCAAUAUUUUUAAUCUAUUCUCUAAAAAUAUAUAUAUUUUUUUAAAUUCACAAUAAAAUUAUAAUGUUUCUAGUAGGUUAUAAUAACUAAUUAUAAAUAGUUAACUAUAUUUCUAAAUUACAUUUUUCUAACAUAGGUACCUAAUAUAUUAUAUUGCCUUUUUUGCUCAAUAUAUGCUAAUUUAUAUGCUCAUAAGUCAUAAAUCAUAAUGAAUAAUCAUAAAUAAUUAAUUAUAUUUCUAGAUUAUAUUUUUAAAAUAUAAUAAAUAGGAUUUCUUUUUAUGCUCAACUUUAAGUAAUAUUCAAAUAUAUAAGAUACUUGUAUUCUAUGUUACAUGCGUAUUGUUAUUUAUUUAGUUAACAAAUGUAGAUAGUUAGCUGUUUAUUGUCGCCGAACCUUUACAAUCAUAAUUAUUUUCGAUUAAUAACAUUAUAUAGUCUAUAAUAUUUGGUAGGUAAAACUUGUAAGACGAAUAAACUCUAACAGCACUAUCUAUUUUUUGUGAACCCGUUACAUCAUAAUAAUAUGUUAAUAGCAUUAAAGAAGAAUGUAGUUGUAUUAAUAAUAAAAAAAGUUAUUAGUAGUCGAAAAAUACAUUAAAAAAAAAAAUAAUAAUAA